UGAAAAGUUUUGACACUCAAGCUAGUGUAGGACAAAAGAUGAUGGUCCCCAUAUUUCCUAUAUACUGUACCUCAUCAAAACCAAUUCCAUCUUAAUUUACAAAGUUCUCUCUUUUCCAACUUCUCAAGUUUAUCAUCAACCAUCAAUAUCAGAUGGCAAGCGAGCCCGUUAAUGUAAAUGAGUAUCAAGAAUUGGCUCGUCGAGCUCUUCCCAAGAUGUAUUAUGAUUUUUAUGCUGCAGGAGCUGAAGAUGAGCACACAUUAAGGGAAAAUGUUAAAGCAUUCUCCAGAAUCAGUAUCUGUCCAAGGAUUCUCAUAGAUGUGAGACAAAUUGAUCUUUCCACCAGUAUCUUGGGCCAUCAUAUCUCCGCCCCAAUAUUGAUUGCUCCAACUGCUUAUCAUAAGCUGGCACAUUCUGAAGGAGAAAUAGCAACGGCUAAAGCUGCUGCUGCGUGCAAAACAAUUAUGGUACUGUCGUUUAGUUCUAACUCCACCUUGGAAGAGGUUUCUGCCUCCUGUAAUGCUGUGCGGUUCUUUCAAUUAUAUGUGUUUAAAAAUAGACAACUAUCAGCUUGGCUAGUUCAGAGAGCUGAAAAAAGUGGAUACAAGGCUAUUGUUCUAACUGUUGACACCCCUAAACUCGGUCGAAGGGAAGCAGAUAUAAAGAACAAAAUGAUUGCACCUCAGGUCAAGAAUUUGGAGGGUUUUAUGUCAACUGAAGUUGUCAAUGACAAGGGUUCGGGUCCUCAAGCUUUUGCAAAUAGUUAUUAUGACUCUUCUUUCUCAUGGAAGGAUUUAAAUUGGCUGAAAUCUAUUACGAAGCUUCCAAUCUUAAUCAAGGGUGUGCUUACACAUGAAGAUGCAACAAGAGCGGUGGAACUUGGAGUGGAUGGAAUCAUAGUUUCGAAUCAUGGAGCUAGACAGCUUGAUUAUGCCCCAGCCACGAUUUCUGUUCUUGAAGAGGUAGUUCAUGCUGUUGGAGGUAAGGUUCCUGUUCUUCUUGAUGGAGGAGUGAGGCGGGGAACAGACAUCUUCAAGGCUUUGGCACUUGGUGCACGCGCUGUUCUUAUUGGGAGACCUGUAAUAUAUGGACUGGCGGCCAAGGGAGAAAACGGCGUAAAACAAGUCAUCGGAAUGUUAAAGGAUGAACUGGAGCUCACUCUAGCUCUCACUGGCUGCUCAAGCAUAAAGGAUAUCACAAGGAACCAUGUCAGAACUGACAAUGAAACACACCGGUCUCUACUCUAAUAAGUUCUUCUGAGUUCUGAACUGCAUUUUGUUAAGAAUUGUUACAACACUAAAUCAUUCCUUGCUAGAUGAUUAUCCACAACCUGUUAAAUGAACUGAAGAAAUAAAGAGAAGUUUGCUCUAUGGGAAAACUUUUAGGGGAUGGAGGGAAUACUCACUAAUAACUACUCUUUUAGAAAGAAUUGUUACCCCUCCCAUUUUAAGUUGUUUUACAAAGAUUGUUUUACCUAUGAA